UUAACACACAAGGAAGCCUUCCGGGGCACGCGAGGGUCACGCUUCCACCAACAUCCCAAAACGCACCGACUCGCACAUUGGAGAGUGGCAAAAAACUUGAGAAUAGAGAGGGAGAAAUGGUGAGCAGGGAAGGAAUGGAGAGCAUAGCAGAAAGGCUGUCGGCGCAGGAGAACCUCUACUUUCCUCAGGCUAUCCAAUCUGACACCAAAGAGCCAUCUCAGCGCAAGGCAGUCCUCCUUGACCUCCUCUCCCGAGAUAUCGCCCUCUUCUUGGAAAGAUAUGGGUCACUGCUUACAAGCAACGAGCUUCGGGAAUUUGAUGCACUUAAAGAUGAUUAUGAAAUCAAUUGGCACUUAAAGCACCUCAGAAGCAUAAUGAGUCCGACAUUGGAUGAGUUGAAGUCAAGAUCAGUGACAGUGAAGAACCGGAGACGGGCCUACUUGAAUAGACUGAUACAUGAUGGGCAGUAUUUUUCGGAGGAUGCAAUGAGGGAAAGAGAACCCUAUUUGCAUCAUGAGUACGUAGGUAAGUAUCAAGAUCCAAGUGGAAGAAGCAUGGCAAGACCAGGGGAACGGUGGUCAGAGACUCUGAUGAGAAGAUCAGAGGAAGCAUUUUUGGUUGCAAAGAUAAGAAUGGAGCAACAGAGGUUAGGUGUGGAUGAGAGGGACUGGAUUGGUAAUGAUAGAAACCAAGGAGAAGAAAGAGAAGAGCUAGAACAAGAAGAGCAGGAGGAAGAGGAGGAAGAAGAGGAGGAGGAUGAGGAAGAAGAAGAGGAUGCAGAAGGGGAGGAUCUAGAAGAACAUAAGAAGGCUAAUGUGGCUACGCAAUCUGGAGAGAUGGUCUUGGAUCACCCUGAUGCAAACGAUAGUGCCCAGUCAAUAACAGUAAGACAGAGUGAGGAAGUGACUUUGUCUGUGGCAGAGAUCCAAGAUCAGAUGGACCAAUUCACCCACAUCAUGCAGCAGAAAUUUCUAUUAGGGGAAGAUUAUGAGCAUAUAGAUUAUUCAAAAAUAGACAACGAUGAGACCUUGGAUGAUCACUGGCAGAGGGAAGCCAACCAUGAUGCCGAGGAAAAAUAUUUCGCUGAAGAUUGAGAUGAAUGGAUGUUUUAUUUGCUUUUUCUUGUCUGUCAUAAUCUUUUCUUCCCCCUGACUAGGAGUGUUUACCAGCUAAGACUUGCAAAUGUAAUUAAAUUUCUUCUUUGUAUAAAUUAUAUGCGACCAGCAGCUUGUUUUUGUU